AUGACACCAACAUCAUCCUCUCGAGCACAAUGGAACGGGCAAGAGGAGCAGUUGAACGGCAGGGGGAGCGUGGGAUCGGACGGUAGCCUACAGCGAACACCUCCCGAACCUACAGCCAGCGUUAUGAGGAGAUCGGUGCCUACAAGCCCUUCGUUCGAACAAGCCCCCCCUCCACCACCACACCAUAGCCCUCCUAGGUUAAGCCUCAGAGAACCGGAUGCGGGCCCCGUACGGCCAUCAUCUGCCAAUGGUGCUGGAUAUAGGCUAGAUUCACCCCGGAUGGUCACAACUACGUCCGAACAACCUUCCGAAUCGCUCGCUUUCCGGCCGCGGACAAGGGCGGAUGGCAGCACGCCGCCGACACACAGCAGAUCAUCUUCGGCCGGCUAUCCAACAAUCGAAGAGGAGGGGCUGGAAGGGAACGGGACCGAACAAGAGGUGGAAUCGUUGCAGUACCACGCGUUUGACGAUGCGCCGAAGAAGAACAAGACUCAGAAUCGCGCCUCGCAUAUGCCAACGCAGUCUGUGGGGUCAAGUUCAUCUGGAGGCGAACAUCGCGGUCCUCAGUUGACGGUACCUGGCGCGGUGCAAAGACCCACGUCGAUGUAUAGUCUGGGCUCGGAUCCGCGUGGACGCAGCCUGUCGCCAUAUAGUGGGCACGGGUCACCCCAAGAUUCGCCAAAGGGAUAUCCACGAGAUGUUUCCAGGUCCGGGCGGUCGCCGUCAGGUCGGCCAACGAGCUAUGUCAAUCUCCUGAACGAUGUACCCUACCACCAGCAGAUCGCGCCGAACAGUCUAAUAAGCCACAAGUCUCUGCAAGGUGCGGUGGGCAGCGCGGCCAGCUUACUGGACACGAAGAAGACGCUCGACAUGUACCGCGCGAACAUCAAGAAGACCACCGACAUGGCCGCCCAGUACGAGUUCGCCAUCUACAUGGUCAACUGCUCGCAGGAUCCCAGCAUCUCCGCCGAAAUCGACCCCGCGGAACUCAUCAACGAAGCCAAGCACAUCCUCCAGCGUCUCGCCGAUAAAGUUUACCCCUUUGCACAGUACUAUCUCGGUGACGGCUACUUCUCCGGUCUCUUCAACAAAUCCAAGCCGGACCAGGACAAAGCCUUCCCGCUCUUCAUCGCCGCCUCCAAACACGGGCACGCCGAAGCCGGCUUCCGAGCAGCGCUAUGCUACGAGUUCGGCUGGGGCACUGCGAAAUCCUACGCUAAAGCAGUCCAAUUCUAUCGCACAGCAGCCUCCAAGAACCAUCCCGGCGCUGCCAGCCGUCUCGGCAUGGCUUGCUUGCAGAACCAGAUGGGUCUGUUCGGUCGGGACAAAUACCGCGAAGGUCUCAAAUGGCUCAAGCGUGCGCAAGAGGGCGCAGACCGGCAGUACAACGCCGCACCUUACGAGCUGGGCCUGCUGCACCUGACUGGCUUCGGCGACGACGUCUUCAAAGACGAAGUCUACGCCGCGCAGCUGUUCACGCAGUCCGCUGAGCUCGGACACAUGCAGGCGAACUACCUAAUGGGCCAGGCGUACGAGAACGGCAUCUACGGUUGCCCCAAGGACGCAGCGCUGAGCGUGCACUUCUACAACGGCGCCGCGACGCAAGGGCACGCGGAGGCGAUGUUGGCGCUCACGGCGUGGUAUAUGGUGGGCGCGGAGCCGGUGCUGGAGAAGGAUGAGCGGGAGGCGUAUGAGUGGGCGUUGAAGGCUGCUGAGACUGGUUUCGGCAAAGCAGAAUACGCCGUUGGCUACUUCACCGAAAUGGGCAUCGGAUGCCGCCGUGACCCGCUGGGAGCGAAUUACUGGUACGUCCAGGCUGCGGACAAGGGGAAUGAGAACGCGAAGCAGCGGCUCAAGAUUAUUCAUGAGGCUGCUUCGGGGGUUGAUACGUCGGGCAUGGCUGCUUCGAAGGAUGAGGGGAAGGGGAAGAAGAAGUUUAUGGGGAUUUUCUAG